AUGCAUUUUUACCUUUUACAGGCGAUCAUUGGUCAACCACCACCCGUUCAUAGUGGGGAACAGACAGGAAGAUCUCAACAACCUUUCCUUGGUCAGCUUAACGCUGGAGGGGUUCACAAUGGGCUGAUUGAUCCCCAAGGGAUGCCACCAUUGGAAAUUGUACCAUCAAGAUACCCUUAUCGCCUGACGGAGCUACUUGUGGAGAAUCAGAACUCGAAUGUCAAUGAAAUGCAGAUGGUUCCCUUAUACCAGUUGCACUCAAGAGGUAGACAGCCAAUGCAGUACGAGGUGUUCGCUGGAGGAGUGCAGUUCAACGAUGGGGCUGAGGCAAGACCAUUGACCAGUCAAAUGCACUGUGGGCGAAGAAGGACGUAUGCAACUGAGUCGGUCGAUGAAAUCAGGUCUGUCGAGGAGACCAGUCAAUUUCCAGAGCGGAACCAAGCACGUGAACACACGCUUACGUCCAGUUUGCAACGAAUGCUGACUUCUAACAGGUCAGUAUAGUACGACAAUUAAACGCCGAAUGUCCGUGUAUCCCAUCCAACUAUGUCGAGGGCUAUUUUAAAUGGUCUCUUCCUCCGACCAAGGGAAGGCGGUGCGCCAUGUUGUUCCUGGAAAUGAUUGGAAUCGCACUGCUUGGUCUUACAACUCUAAUGAGCCUGUAGGAAUAGCAGAAUCAAAGUCGUUUAAUAAUCUGAUUCUCAUUCGUUUUUUUUUUUUUACCGAAAUACUACCUUUGUUUAAAGAAAGAAACCCGUAAAAGGUCAAGUCGUGAGAUUUUCAGUCAGCAUUGCAUAUUACGAUAUUACGAAUGUUAAGGACUGUUUUCAAUUGUUUUCUUUUUUUUCUGCCAGAACUCAAUUUUCCCUCAAAUAAAACAACCAACGCUUUAAAACAAAGAAAUGAUCUACCGCGGAGCCGUAACUUCCGCUUAUAAAGCCCUGGGCUUAUACAACUUCGUUAGGUGUUUUAGGAUGGUUCAUAAACGAAGUGUUUCAAAACAAGCUUCAUAGAAGUGCUGGUCAAAAUACUUUUUGUAUUUACUCACUGUUUUAAGCUUCAAUACAUCGUAAAAAAUCGAAUUCAUUUUAUUACAGCUAGAGGAAGGCUUUUCACCGGAAAUAUUUAUUUGUUUACAGGAAGAUUGGCCUAUAACUGGGGGGCGGGGGAAGGGUCUUAUAAGAGGGGGGCGCUUAUUAACGGAGGUUUACUGUAUGAACCGAAUUGUCUCUUUAGGUCAAGUCCACCAGAGCCUCUGAUAACACCAGGUCAGAUCUGUAAUGGAAACUAUAUUUGGAAGAUAGAAGGUUUCCGGUCUCUGCUUUUCCAGUAUGCUGGCAAUGGAAUAGUAACAUCACUUGACAGUCCUUCGAUUUACACUUGCUUGCAUGGAUACAAGUUCUUCAUGCGUAUCUUCCCAAGAGGCAUUGAUGGCGGAGAUGGAAGACACAUUGGCCUUUUUGUUGGCAUAAUGCAGGGAGAAUAUGAUACUCUUCUGGAGUGGCCCUUCUGUGGACGAAUCUCUCUCACCAUCAAGGAUCAAAGCACUGAUGUUCAUGGCUUCCGCCAAGAUAUCAGUGGCACGUUCGUGGCCAACAGAAAUCAGGCAGCUUUUCAGAAACCCACGGCUGCCGGGCGAUACAAAACACUGUAUGGUUACGCAGAGUUUGCGCCUAUCAACAUGGUUUGUGCCCCACAGUAUUCUAAAGAUGAUACUGUGAUGAUUCAUAUUGAGAUCCAUAAUAUGCCCUAA